AUGGAGCCACGCGACAAGACAUAUGAGACGGUGUCGACAAUGGAGGACAGAGAAGAAUUACUAUCCAACACCGAGGUGGAGGACUCGCUCAUGGGUGACGAGGAGAAGCAACAAUGGCGGAACACAUCAUCAUCUCACAAGUUACUGGGACACGACCUACGGCGGAAGAGAGACGCAAUGCGUUCAAAUCGAUGGCUCAUUGGAACCUUAUUACAAGUCAUCAUCAUUGCCCUGUUGACGCUUAUACUCUACCGGCAACAACAGAAUGUGCGGCCGCCCUCAGAGACGCCGCAAGUGGGAGGUGAUGUCAAGGGAAAGGGACCGACGUUGGACACGAUGAUCGUGAAAUUCGACGCGGAUGCCAGCUUCGUGCCAUGGAACACGACAGAACUCAUGAGCGAUGGGGUUUUGGAACAGUGGAAGACAAUGUUUCCUAGCGGUACUGGCUGGGGCACCGACCGGACCACCUUUUCCACCACGACCAUGACGCACCAGCUGCACUGCCUGUUCAUGAUGACGCACAUCUACGCCGGCCUGGCCACCAACAACACGGCGUCGCUGCCGCACGACUACAACAGCCACUACCUGCACUGCAUCGACUACCUCCGCCAGGGCGUCAUGUGCGCCGCCGACCUGGCCACGGAGCCGCACAAGCCCACCGACUCGGACGACAAUGGGCCCGGCGACGGCAGCUGGGGCGGGCUCCACGUCUGCAAGGACUAUGGUCAGGUCACCGAGUAUCUCGAGCGAGAGAUCAAGGAUGGAAACCGAGUCGUCUUGCCUGUUGAUGAUUGA